ACGCGGUCCAAGAGAGUUGUUAUCGCCAGCUCCGCCGUCGCCUGUGUCCUCGUAAAAGGCAAAAACAGAACGCUUAACGGACCCCGAGUUUGUGCCCCGAGUUCGUGCCGGAGUCUGUGUGCCAGAGCCAGUUAUGUGUAGACCGAGUUAUGGCAGUUUGCUGCUUAUCGCGGCAUCCUGCUACGUCCUCGUCUCCAGCCAGGCCAAGGCCCUGCAGGGCGCAAACAAACUGGAUUUGGCAAAUCACAUCAGCGCAGGCCCUGCCAGAGGAUCGUCGGCGGGAGGCGGGGCCGAUGCGGUGCGAGCUGCGAUGACGGAAGCGCGCCAUAAGCGGGCCAUGGGCGAGUACAAAGAGCUGACUGACAUCAUUGACGAGCUGGAGGAGAACAGUUUGUCGCAAAAGGCUGCGGCCGUGGCUCCGCUGCCGCCACAGGCACAGGAGUUCGACUUGGAUAGCAUGCCGCCUUUGACCUACUACCUGCUGCUGCAGAAGCUGCGACAGUUGCAGAGCAAUGGCGAGCCCGCUUUUCGCGUGCGCACGCCACGCCUUGGACGCAGCAUUGACUUCCAGCAGCUCCUGGACGCCGGGGGGGCCAGCGGGGAGGCGGCUGGCGGCCAGUUCAUGUCGCGCAUGAUGAAGAAAUCGGUGCCGUUCAAGCCGCGCCUGGGCAAACGUGCUCAAGUAUGCGGCAGUGCUGGCAGCGGCGGCGAUUGAGUCACGACAAGGACACAAGGACACAGAGCAGCACGGAAACGACAAACGAGGACGAUACCCAGGACAAGGUUGAGGCCAGCCCGCGUGGCCUCAUAAGCUUACUUAACCCACAUCAUAGCCAGCCGAAUUCGAGGCAAAGUGACGCGACGCAACGCGCCGCAUACACAGCGCCAAUACCCCCACAUAUGCAUACCAAAUAGGCACUACGCGAGAAACUAAUGAUGUACAUACAACAUAUAGUAUACCUACAUAUAUAUCUAUAUAUACUGCUCGU